GGUGGUCGGAGUGUGGUCAUAAAAAUCAAAUCUAAUAUCGCCAACUUGGCCCCAACCUUUUUGUGGGAGUUCCGACACCGACCGAGAAGAUUUAGUCUUCACAGUCCAUGCCGUCAACUUCUUUUCAGAACACCGUCUAACUGAUUUUCCGGUGGGAUGGGAGGCGGUCAGAAGACCUACACCACAAAUCCAGACGAUUACAAGCUUCUAGAAGAAGUAGGUUACGGAGCCAGCGCCACCGUAUACAGAGCGAUCUAUCUUCCAAACAAUGACGUCGUCGCCGUUAAGUGCUUGGAUCUCGAUCGCUGCAACAGCAAUCUGGAUGAUAUUCGAAGGGAGGCCCAAACAAUGAGUUUGAUAGAUCACCCUAAUGUGAUAAGGGCAUUUUGUUCAUUUGUUGUCAACCAAAACCUUUGGGUGGUUAUGCCAUUCAUGGCUGAAGGUUCUUGUCUACAUCUCAUGAAAACAGCAUAUCCAGAUGGGUUUGAAGAGUCGGCUAUUGGUUCUAUUCUGAAAGAGACUCUCAAGGCAUUGGAGUACUUGCAUCGACAUGGACACAUCCACCGUGAUGUUAAGGCUGGAAAUAUACUUCUUGACACUAAUGGAGUGAUAAAGCUUGGGGACUUCGGUGUCUCAGCUUGUAUGUUCGAUAGAGGUGAUAGACAGCGUUCCAGAAAUACUUUUGUAGGAACUCCUUGCUGGAUGGCGCCAGAGGUGCUGCAGCCAGGAAGUGGAUACGAUUUCAAGGCUGACAUAUGGUCACUUGGCAUUACUGCACUGGAGUUAGCUCAUGGCCAUGCCCCUUUCUCAAAGUAUCCUCCAAUGAAGGUCCUCUUGAUGACCAUUCAAAAUGCACCCCCUGGACUUGAUUAUGACCGGGAUAAACGAUUUUCUAAGUCUUUUAAAGAAGUGGUUGCAAUGUGCUUGGUGAAAGAUCAAACAAAAAGGCCAACUGCUGAGAAGUUGUUAAAACAUUCCUUCUUUAAGCAAGCUAAACCUCCAGAGCUCUCUGUGAAGAAACUCUUUGCUGAGUUGCCACCUCUGUGGAAUCGCGUGAAAGCCCUCCAGCUUAAAGAUGCUGCCCAACUAGCUCUGAAGAAAAUGCCCUCAGCCGAACAAGAAGCCAUAUCACAGAGUGAGUACCAGCGAGGUGUUAGUGCCUGGAACUUUGACAUCGAAGAUUUGAAAUUCAAAGCAUCCUUGGUGCAAGAUGAUGAUGAAAUUCAAGAUAUCAGGGAAGAAGAUGUAAAUUCAACGUCUUUUGUUUAUAAUGAUGCAUCCAAUUCAAAAGCUACCAUUGGCAAACCAUAUUCUGCAAGCGAGAUUGUUUGUAGUGAUGAAGUAGCUCCAUCUGAAAGCCUGAGUAAUACGGGAGAUACUCCGGAAAGUAAUUUGCCAGAAUCUGACAAUAAAGGGAACAUUGCUCUGGAAAGAAGCAGAACAAAGACAGAGCAACUACCAUCAACCUCGGAUAAAGAUGCAGUACAGGCUAAAAGUAGAAUUCUAACAGGAAGAAGUCGCCAAACCCAGAGUGGACCUCUUGUGGCUGGUGUGGUCUUAAAUCAUUCAAAGUCUGAAAGAACUCGUAAUUUAGAAAGGUGUGAAAAUGAAAGCUCGCAUGCAGUUGAUAAAAUGCAUCAUCAAGUAAGGAGAGCUCCGAGCUUUAGUGGUCCUUUGAACCUUCCGAACCGAGCUUCAGGAAACAGUUUAUCGGCUCCAAUAAAACCAUCAGGAGGAUACAGAGAUUCUUUGGAGGACAAGUCAAAAGCAAACUUGGUACAAAUAAAAGGACGUUUCUCUGUGACAUCCGAAGACCUUGAUCUUGUGAAGGAUAUUCCGUUAUGUACUGCUCCUCGACGCUCUCCCCAGGAGUCAUCACUGAGGAAGUCUGCAAGUGUGGGGGACUGGAUAUUUGAUUCAAAACAGAUGCCUACACCUAAGGAUAUCAAUAGCAGUUCUGUACAUAGCAAUUUACCUGCAUCAGUGCUCAUGCCUCACCUUCAAAACCUUUUUCAACAGACGUCAGUUCAACAGGAUCUUAUCUUGAAUUUGUUGAAUAGCCUGCAACCAGCUGAGGUAGCAUCAGAGGCUUCGCAAAAUGGGAAAUUGCCCCCGUUGCCUCGCAGCUCUGAGAACAAUGGAGCUGUUGAAGUUUCUGAUAGAGAGCGUUUGCUGCUUACGAAGGUUUCUGAGCUACAAUCCAGGUUAACAAUCUUGACCGAGGAAUUGACCACCGAAAAGUUAAAAUACAUACAGUUACAACAGCGAGUUGAUGCUAUUACCAGGCGGGAAGAUGGGCAGCAAGGUGAACCUGAUGCUUAAUGGAAAAGUGAUGUAUAAUAUUCUGCAUUGGUGGUGCUGGCAAUCAAGAAAGUUGGAGUCAUGCUCAAUAAGUGUUUUGUUAAAGAUUUGGUGAUGCAAAAAAGCAAAAAACGAUAACGGGUAAUGAGGAAACCAUUUCUUUGAUUCAUUUUUCGUACAAAGAGAAAGAGCGGCUGGGUUUGCAGUUUCGAUAGCAGCGAGCAACCAGAAUUGCUUGAUUCUUUGGGCUGAAUCUCCAUCCCAUUUCCCAUAUGGCAUUGGCAUAUAUAUAAGAUAAUGUAUGCAAUUGUAAUUGUGAAGUAACUUUACAUGAUAAGUUUUUGUUGUAUCUCUCGAGAUUUUUCUGUAACUGUUAUAGCACAAAUGUGAAUAUCACAAUAAACAGAAGACAAGUACUUGAUGCUUAUUUUUGGAUUUGUGAAUGCAUAAUAUAUGUAUGCAAUAAAUGUAUAAAAGGAUGUGAAUUGUUGGUUACUA